GCGAUGUGAAUCAGAGCAGAAGAGAUAAAUCUGUAUUGGCAGACUGUUGUACAUCUCUCCCUCUCUCUCUCUCUCUCUCUCUCUCUAUCUCUCUCUACCUCUUUUCAUCACACACACACACACACACACACACGCUGCAGCCGUAAGCCUGCAUGCGUCCCUCCUCGCGCGAGCGGGUGGCCGCCUGGCUGCUCGCGCUGCCGUUUGGGAGCGGUGGAGAGAAAUGCGCGCGCCGCGGCCGCCUGGAGAUGAUCUCGUUUUGGCUGCUGUGCUGGAAGCUGUUGAGAGCCACAGCCGGGCUCAGGAGGGCAACACCUGAGCUAACGGACAUUCACCAGGACGACGGCAGUACCAGUGACAAUAACCCUGUCAACGACUCUCUAACCCCAAUACAGCCAACAGAUCCAGUUACCAUGGCAAUUAGUUCAUCACCACCGCUAACAGAGCUGGAAAGAGAAAAUUUGGUUAGCUGGAACAGCCGAGAAUUAGUGGAACCCAAUUACCCAGAGGUCCAUGGGAUGCAGCAGCCAAGCAGGACGGAGCCGGAGGAAGAAGAGCCUGCAGGGGGAGACAGUGGACAAACAGAUGGAGAUGAGUGUGACUAUCUUGUCUUUGAGAUUGGACAACAGAAGGGAGGAGAAGAAAUAGGGGGGGGAGGUGGGGGUAAAGCAGAAACAAGGAGUGAAGAUUUAGAGGGAAGUGGAGUUGAGGGAGAAGAUGAAGGGAGAAUAAAAAUAGAAGGUGAGGAUGAAGUGAUUGGAGAGAGAGAGAGGGAAGACUCUAAAGAAGAGCACAGGUGGAUAGGAAAGAUGGAAGAAGAGAUGAAAGACGAUGCUCUGGCAGAGCUGCCCUUCAUUUCUGACAGUCCAGUCUGUCCUUCAUCAUCAGAACCCCUGGGUGGCACAUCCCAUCCCGCAGAGCAGCCUGCAAUAGUGGCCAUGUUGCAGGAGGCCUGGGGUCACGACCGUGGAAACAGAGAUGACUUAAGCGAUGGUCACCUUAGUGACUGCCUCCAAGCUGAGCUGGCUAUCGUGUACUCGGACAGUGACGCAGGGGAGGACCAAUGGGCAGCCUUCGCGCCCUGUGAUGCCACCAACCAGGAAGGAGCAGGUGAAGAGAAUCAUGAUAGCAUCUGUGAUAUAGAGAGCAACGAAGAGGAGAGACAAGAAGAGAGUAGGGAGAGAGUGGAGGAUGACGAUGAGUCAGUAGAGAAUGGUGCAGAGGAGCAGAGAGAGGAGGAAGUAGAGAAGGAGCAGGAGGAGAGGAGGGGAGGCGAAGAUGAUGAUGAUGAUGAAGAGCAGAUGAAGACGAGGAGAGAUGUUUUUCUGCGCUCUCUCUCUGUCAGCUCCACAGCCAGCUCCACAGACCCUGACAGAAAGGUUCCUUUAGAUUUCUGUGUCCACCAAGACACCCUCAGUGAAAAUGUCUCCACUGAGCAUGUAGACUUUCUGUUGGCCUGCAAGCAGUGGAAGAAGAUGGAGGAGGAGGUCAAAGGUCAACCAAUCCCCAAACCAGGGCUCAGAGCUCAGGGGAGUUUCCAGGGCACUCAUAUAUCACUGUACCCUCCCACUCGCAGCCCCCGCCUCAAACACAGGGAGAUCCAUCCACCAGUGCCAAGGGAACCACCCCUCUCCUCCACCCUGUCCCCCAGUUCAGAGGACUCAGGCCUGGAUGACUCGUCAUACCGCAGCCCCCUGGAGGAGCCAGAGACUCCAGUAGAGAGAGAGAUCCGGCUGACUCUGGAGAGAGAGGAGCGACACCGCAGAGAGAGGGGAAUGAUUGCGCAGGGCCUGACUACAUCUAGACCAUCCAACCUUCAAACAGGACGAUCUCCACCCAGACCUCCGGCCUGCCGCACCCCUACCUUGUCUGUUUCCCCAUCCCCCUCCUGCUCCUCUUCCCUUCCCCGAUCAGUCUACCAUGAGAUGACAGCCAAUAAUGUUAUUAUCUUGGAGCCUGACUGCUCCAGCUCCGCCUCCAGGAGCCGCCUACUCUCCUCUGCAAUUGGAGGCCUCUCCGAUUGGCCGACAAGCCUGGAUACGGUGCCUUCUGCCAACGUCAUUGUUGUGGAAACCUCCAAUCUGAUCAUUCGCAGUGCUUCUGAGUUCUGCCUAAGCUCCGCCCCUGUGUCUGUGGAAACCCAGGAGAGCACUUUCUCGUCAAAUCCAUUUUUCAAACUACGCUCUCUCAGCAGCCAGUCACUGGUGGAGCAAGAGAUCCGCAUGGUGAGGCAGAGGGAGGAGGAGUGGAGGAGGCAGAGGGAGGAGAUGUGGAGGAGGAGGCGGGAGGAGGAGUGGAAGAAAGGGAGAGAGAGGUAUGACACGGUGCUCGUGUCUCCGGGCCUGGGCGACAACAUCACUUUCAAUGUGCCAGAGGUUUCAGACAGAUGUGUAUCCUCCCCAUCGUCUCCCUCUAGGACCCGCAAAAUGGAACGAUCCAGUUUGUCUUGUGACCACAAGUUCCCCCCUUCUCUCUCUUCUGUGCCACGACGACAGAACACCAUGGCACAGCGAUGGGAGGCCUCCCUGUUGGCCAAUCAGAAGAAGGAGUGAGCAACGACAGCACACGGCUGUUAACCAAAAUGAAAUCUUUUUUCACCCUCUGUCUAAAAAACUUAUACAGUCACUUUCUGUCAGCAGUCACUGUCUUCUGCAAUGUCAGAACUAUGGCUGAGAAGCAGUGCGCCACAAUCUGCUCUUUGUGGGAGGCCACAUGAGAAGAGAACUGUUUCUUUCAUCAAGCCUGCUUUCAGAGAUUGAGAUCAUUUAUCUAGUUUGGGUUCCCAAAAGUUCUAAGUCUUGCUUUCAGGCCAAACUAUUCUUUUGCAUGAUGCUUGAAACUGUAUGACCCAUGACACAACAGAACUGGCCGCCAUGUCACAAUUUUGACUUCUUCCUUACACACACACACACACACACACACACACACACACACACACAGCCACAUUCCUCGGAAGUGUGUCACAAUAAAGAAAGUUUCACAAUCAUAGUAACAGAACUGUUUUUGACAUGUGACCUAUAUUUUAUAUACUCUUUGGAAGUCAAAAUCUGCUAUAUUCUCCUUUAAUAUUUAAUAUUUACCGCACUUUGAUUUCUAGAUGUUGAUCAACUAUAGUACACACUGUUUAUUGUUAUGUAUUUAUUUGUAUCACUGUCUGUAAUGCAGUGAUUUUCAAACUCACAUUUAAUUUCUGAUAUUAAUUUAGUGUUUAUUUUAAAGUUACUGACAGCAUACAGCCUUCAUUUGAAAAAUGUUGUAGCUAUGCAUAGCAGAGGUUUGAGAAGGUAUAUGCAAAAAUAAUUUAGCAUGAGGUGUUUAAUUCAUGAGUGUGGAUGUCCCAGGUUUCUGUGUUAGCCAUGUUGGCUCAACAGUGUGAGCUGCUAACUGAUCACUAUUUGUGUCACAGACACUUUUGCCUCUCAGGCGAGGUCGCCUGUACCCCAGAUAGAUUUCAAAAGAAGUCAAAAGUAAUGUAAUAGUGUGUACUUCCUUUUUGAAGAUAUUGGAAUCUAAAAGUUGCAAGCCCUUCUAUACUCCUUCGUCAGCAUGUCAUGGAGGUGUACAUCAUAGGGCAUGGACAUUUAAAAAAAAGCUGUUGAUGUUCUACAUAAAACCAACAAAUCUGAAAAUGUUAAAAAAGUGUGCCUUUAAAUGAGCCGCCAGGACACAUGAUAAGGGACCUUUAUCAGCUGGCUACCUAACACAGUGCUAGGUUUGCUAACUUGCUGUCUGGCAGCACCAACAAUGUCUGAUACUGUAUUAUAAAUAGAACAGUCACAACUGGUGACAGCAAGGCUACAAGUACAAAGCUGUUUUAAAAAAACAUCCAAUAUGGAGGCCAGAGAGAACAGGAUCUCAGAAGCCAUGUGUUCAGACUUAAUACAAAGUGAAUGCAAGCUGAGGAAAAUAUUAUGUAAUGGAGAAGAUCCAUUGUGGUGCCACUGUCAAGACAAAAGGAGAAAAACUGUCUUAGCUGACAGGUCAGGCAUGCAGCACACAGUCUGUGACCAGCCUUAAUUAAUAGCCACCAGGUAAUGUCUUUAAAUUGGUUGCGUUCUAUGUUCGGUUGAAUAAAGAGGCUGUAAAACACUAACAUUUAUGUGAAUUACUUGAGGAGAAAAUUCACAUGAAAACACGUUUUAAAUGAGCUGCUAUGUCACCAUGGUGGUUUCAUGGAUGUCAUUAGCACAUGUUACCAGCCCACUGUUUAAGCUUUGGCAGCAUGUUGCAUGUAGUCGAGGACAUAACAAUCUUUUUCUUUUUUUUUUCUGAUACACCUGGCCUAACUCUUCCUUAUUGUGGCUCUGCAGUUUUAGCAAAACAACUUCUGAAUGAAUCAGUUAUUCUCAUCCUAAAGUGAAGAUUUCUACAUAUUUUUAUGUCCUGUCUUGAUUCCUAAGAAUAGAUUUAUUGUAUUGUAUUUUUGCUGCCUAUAUUUAUGAAUUGAGUAAUGGUUAUGAAUCUUCUCUUUGUCAAAGGUUUAUAAUACAUUGUGUCAGAAUGACUAUUUGAAGUCUGCCAUAUUUUUUAGGAGAUGACUUCCAUGUGUGGUGUGUGCAUGUGUGUACGAGUGUGUUCUAUAGUAAUCCAUCCUCCAUUAGCUUGUCAAAACUCACUUUGGUUUGGUUUCUGUGGCUCACUCACUGUUUUUUCCUGUUAACUUAUCCUGACUCAGCUGUGGAGUAAAGGUGCAUUCAAGUCAACUCAGCAAUGUGAUGAUUUUAACUGCCAGGGAGAAAUAAUACCAGGCGAGUAGAAUGCUAACAACAGCAGCGUCCAUUUAGCUUCACUCUAUUUUAAUAGUGUUAUAAGCUGUGAUGUGCACACACUGUAUUAUGAAAUUCAGCACAGAAGGGUAAGACUACUAAUGUAGCUAACUCACUACUGCUGUGAGUCACUCUGCAACCUGAGGCUGUGUCAGUACACACCAUGUAGCCUGUGUCGAUCUUUACUCUGCUAAAUGCUGAGAGGCUAGGUUUCAUUUUUUCAAGUUUGUCUUCUAAAAAUACUGCAUUUUAUAUAUUUGGAUUAAAGAACAGUCGGUCUGUUUCCUUCUUUUUCCUCUCCGUGCUGGCUGUAAAAUGGUCAUGCUCUAGUGCAAAUACACUGACAGAGAUUUGAUAUGAAAAAGUCAACAUGCUUAGUUCAGCUGAAAGGACUCCGUUUGUCCAAUCGGGCCUUAAUUUUAGUUUUAAAACAUUGAGAGAAUGAACUGACGUUUUGAACUGAGUGUGAGGAAACAACAAUGCUGACAUUGUGUCUAUGUUGUGUCUACUGAAGCUAGCAUGCCAACUCGUGCUAUCUCCUAAUAGCAAUACAUUCCUGAUCAUAUCACAAAACAGAUUGUUGGAUAAGCUCUUAAAGCACAUUAAUUCCACUUUUUACCUCAAGAAGCUUAUAACAAACUAAUAUGGACCAAUGAAAUCUGCAUCCUUUAAAUGACAGAGCAAGAUAGAGGGCGACAUGACGUCACAUGAGAGUCUGAGAUGUAUUGAAUGCACAAUAAUAACUACUAUGUGAAAAUCAGGGCAGGUUUAAAAUUCAGCAUGUCAUUAUGUCACUUUGUUACAUACACUGUAUGACAGCACAUUAAACUCGCCCUGUACACUCACUGUUUGUAUCCACCGCCACGUCUCUUUAAGUCUGAGUGAAGCUUUUGCACCAGUUGAAUUAAGAUACUUUAAUACUCCAUAACCCUGUGUUCAGUUUUAAGAAUAAAGUUAAUUUAGUCAAA